AUGCGUGAGCCGCGCCUGGGUCGGCCCCUCUCCGCCGGGACCCUGUCCCCUCCCCCUGCCCCCCUGUCUGUCGCGGAGCUCCCCCGCCUCGUGGCGGAGGUCGGCCCCAAAGUGGCGGAGAGGGACGCGCUGUGGUCGGAGGGGCCCCGUCUGAUGGCCUCCGCACUGGGGGUCCACGUUCCUGUCGCUGCCACUCGACUCUCGUGUGAGGAGUCCACAGUGGAAAGUCCUGAAGAUGUAGAACCACCUCCUGAGAAGUCCACUGGCACUGAUACAGCACGUAAAAAGAUUAGGCCCAGGCUGGAGCCACUGACAGGCAUGGAAGUGGUGGAGAUUUUUACGAAGAAGAAACACCUCGGAAAGCUCCAGUUUCUACACCUGAAAGCUGUGGAAGGGGGCCCUUAUAGGCCCUACGACCUCCGCGUGGUCCCUCACGACCAGGCCGGGGCGGAGCACUACAUCUUCUCCCCGUCCUCGGUGCUGCAUGUGCGGGAUGGCUGCAGCGUCGGGCACCUGACCCUGGCGGAGUGGCACCGGGAGGCCUUGCUGUGGACGCUGCUGCAGGGGGUUCCCUUCUUCAGAGACUACCGGCUGCGCAAGCCCUUCAGCCGGUGGCACAGGAAUGUGCGGCAGACUGUGCUUCAGCGUUCUCGGAACAUCCUGCACGGGCGGCUGCUGAUGGUGGUGCCCCAGUUCAGGGAGGCCCUCCUCCAUCUCUCCAGAUUGAUAGAGGAGCUUAAGAGUGUGCACUGGCUGCCCCAGGAUGACUCCCGGACCUACACACUUGUGGAUUUCCAGAGCGCCCUCUUGAGGAGGAAUAAAGAAGCUCAAGAGCUGCUGAAGACGUUUCUGCAGUACCGGGCUCUUAUACUGAACAUGGUGCAGGAGGACAGCUACGGGGCGCACCAGGACCUCCAGCAGAGCGUGGAGCAGAGGCAGCAGAUCCAUCCCAGCCACCCCAGCCAGCCCCUCCACCUGCAGCUGGCUCUGCAGAGAGACCUGAGGCAGGAGCUGGACUGGGCCAAUCACACGCUGCAGCACCUGGGCAACAUGGCCGCCCUCGCCGACCACAUGAUCGUCCAGGGCAUGGUCACUGUCGUCCAGCGAGAGGUCACCUCCUUCAUCAACAGCGUCAUGACGAGAGCCAGGCCUCAGCAGGGGAGCCUCUUCCAGGCGGAGCUGCUUUUCGGAGCAGAUGGUCAGCUGACCUUGCUGCCUCCGAUGCACCUGUUCCAGGAGACCCUGCGGGGGGUGAUCCUGUCAGUGGCUGACUCUGUCCUGCAGGGGCGGAGACUUCGGGGACAAUACCACCCCUUUUCCCUUCGGCAGCUGGAGUGGCAGCUCGGUGUCAGUGCCGGGGUACAGGAGGCCGAUAGAGAGCAGGCCAGGAUCACUCAGGAGGCCCUGCUGGAGGUCCAGAGGCUGUGUGAGGGGUACUCCUGGCUGGUGGAUGUCCACCUGGUCUGCAGUCAGUGGAGCUCAGACAGCCUGGAGACCAUGAGGGGCUGGCCAUCUCAGCGUUACCAUGAGCACAUCCAGAAGGUGCGGGCCUGGGCAGAGAGAGUCCGAUCAGUGCCUGCCUCUGUGACCACCUCCAACAGGCUGAUCACCAUCCACUGUUCCCACAUCCAGGAGAAAAUAGGUCCGCUCCUCUCCUCUGUGGAGCAGGACGCUCUGACCCUACUGGCCAGGGAGCUGCAGCAGCGGUCAGAGAGCUUAGCGUCGGAGCUGAAGAAGGCCUUGGACUGGCUGUGGGCAGAACCCAGCGACUUGCAUGAGUUCUCUCAAUACGCUGACAGGGUGAAGCAGUAUGAGAGGAUGUCAGGUGAUCUGCAGGACCAGCACACGUACCUGCAGUCUCUCCAGGAGACCAUCUGCGUCAACUACAGGCACCUGAGCGCAGAGGAAGUAGCGAUGGAGGCACAGGUGGUGAACCUCUGGGACCACUUUGUGCCACUGCUGAGGAGAGCUGGGGAGACGGUUAGCCAGCGGCUGCCCUCUAUGGUGGACACCCUGGAGAGUACCUUCUCCUCUCUGGUCCAGGAGCUGCGGGGCCUGGUGUCCAAGGCCACCUCCGGCCCCUAUGUGGACCCUUCCCAGAAGGCCACCCUCACGGUGGCCCAGCUCACGUCCAUGUGCGGGAAGUUCAGGAAGACCGCUGCACAGCUGGAGGAGCUGAGCGGAAUUAGCGCAAAUCUAAGAGGAAAGGGCCUGGAUUUGUCAUUAGUGGAUGAAGAGAGGCAGAAGCUGGAAGCUCGCAAAGGAUUAUGGGAGCUGUUAAGUGUGUCCACCACUCAGAUCCAGGAGUGGAGUCAGCUGUCUUUCAGCAAGUUUGUGGUGCUCCACGCUCAGGAGAAAAUGGCUGAGUGGCUGCAGCAGGCUGUGGUGCUGGAAAGGACCCUCCUUCCAUGUGACGCAGUUCUGAAGCAGACCCUGCAGCUGCUGGAGGGCUUCAGUCAGCAGCUGCCUCUGCUGGCUGAACUCAGCAGCCCUCUGCUCAGACACAAGCACUGGAGGGCCAUCUUCAAAGGCAUGGGGCUGUCGUACGCCCCAGAGUGGAACCUUACUGUCGCAGACCUUAUAUCCAAAAAACUACCGGACCACUGGAACAUGAUAAGCAAGGUCUGCCAGGAGGCGAAGUCCGAGGCAGAUGUGGAGCAGGCGUUCCGAAAGCUGCAGCUCAUCUGGGAAGGGACACUUUUCCGCCUGGCAAACUUCAUCCUGACCGUGUGGCAGGAUGAGAGCCUGCAGCCGGGGUCAGCGUACAGGAGGGCUCCCUCCAGUGGCCAUGUGAGGAAGCGCAGUGCCCGUGUGCAGCGUUCUCGUGACAGUGGCACCUUCACUGUCAUUGGGCUGGAGACCCUACAGGCUCAGACAGAGGACAGCGUAAUGACCCUCUCCAGCCUGCUGUCAUCACCCCAUGUGACUGAGCUUAGACAGGAGGUGGAGCACUGGGUUCAGCGGAUCCAGGAGCUCGAGAAACUGCUGGGCUUCUGGCAAAGGUACCAGCUGAAAUGGGUCUUUCUGAGCAAGGUGUUUCAUGAGUCAGGAGUCAUGAUUCAGAAACCAGAGCUGUUCCAGACAUUCUGUCCGGUGGAUGAGACGUACCGGGAGGUGGUUCAGGCUAUGAAAGGCGACCCACGUGUUCUGAACUUUGUGCAGCUGGGAGAGAGCGAGGAGACGCACGGCCGUGUCCACGGGCGGAGUCUACAUGUCCUCCUUAGUGAGGGGCUGUCCACCAUGGAGGGCAUAUCCGAACAGCUGCUGCACCUCCUGGACUCCCCUCGCAGGGAAUUCCCCCGGCUCUGCUUCCUCAGUGACAGGGAGGUCACGGAGCUCCUCUCUCUUAACCCCACACCCUCUGACCUGCUGCGGACAGUGCGAAAGUGCUUCCGGGGGGUGCAUCGGCUAGACAUCGACAGCGACAGAAACAAGUCCCCUGACCUUGAUGAAACUGACCUCUCUGAUGCUCAGCAGAGGGUGUGCGGUGUGGUGGGGGGCCUUGGGGAAAAGAUCCCCUUCCUUUGCCCCCUGGAGCCCAGCUCUGACUCCCUGGCCUGGCUGAAGCAGCUGGAGCAGCGGCUCCACUCUGCCAUGUUGCGGCUCAUGAAAGAAUGUGCUGUAGCCCGACAGCUCGCCCAGGGCCAGAAGGAGAACCAGAACCAAAGUCUGGACCAGACCCAGACCCAGAACCAGGACCAAGAUGAAAAGAUCGAGGACACCCCCCAGUGCCCCUUGUCUCCUUCAUGCUCCAGUGAGGUGGAUGGUGUAAAGGAUGUGAGGGAGGUAGAAGAGCCACCUUCUUCAUGGAGCUACAUUUCUGGUUUCCCUCUACAGUGCCUCCUGGUGGUAGAAGAGGCUCAGUGGUGCAGAGAAGUCCAACAGGCUUUCCUGGACCCAGUACCGGCUAAGCGGGUCUGUCUAAAAGAGCACUACGCCACCAAGCUCCAGACCCUGUGCCAGCUGGUCCAGGAGCAGUCUAUGGGCUGCAGAGGGCAGUCGCUGGAGUCCCAUCAUACAGUGACUGUGCUGCAUGCUAUGGUGCUGCUCUCCAUCAAGCACAUGCAUCAGUUCUCUGGGCUCAUGGAAGUGAAGGGUGACCUGGAGUCCUCUUUUGAGUGGCACCGGAUGAUGAAGUACCACUUGAGCAUUAAUGACCAAAGUGGUCAUAGCCACCUGACUGCAGUUUCUGAAAGUAAUGACCCCUCCUGCUUUGUUGACAUCCUGGGCUCCCAUUUGCCUUAUGGUUAUGAAUACUUAGGACCAGAGCACUGGAUGAUGGUCAACACUCCCUCCUCAGAUCGAGCGAUUCUUGGGAUCCUCCUGGCUCUCACCUGUUACAGGUGCGGUUUCGUCAGGGGGCCAUGUAUGUCUGGAAAAGGGAAGACUGUGGUAUACCUAGGGCAAGCCCUUGGCCGACAGGUAGUAACCCUGCACUGUUGCCGAGAGAUGAGCCCCAGCAUUGUACUGCAGAUGUUGGUUGGUGCCCUGCAGACUGGAGUGUGGCUGGUUUUAGACUCUGUGAACUCCAUGACCCAGGGAGCACUGUCUCUCCUGGGACAGCACCUCUCUGAAAUUCAUCACUCCCUCUCCUCUCUACUCAAUGUUAUCCAACCCCAACGGCAAGGCAGCAACAAAGGUUGCACAAAAUUUGACAAGGUGCAGAUAUCGUUGGCCGGGAAAACAAUUAUGGCCAAAUCUGGCUAUGGUUGCAUACUUAUAUCAUCGGCUGGGUACACAGCUGAGGUACCAGAGAACCUGCGGGUUGCCACCAGGCCCAUAUCACUGGUCCAGCCUGACUACAAGGUCAUGGCUGAGGUAACCCUGACUGCCCUGGGCUUCUCAGAGGCCGGCUCUGUGAGCCACCGCUUACUCUCUCUCUUCAGCUUGGCCAAGGAUUCAGGCUGCCUCCCUGAAUGUGUUAGCGGUGGCUCAACUUCAUGGCUAGUGUUUCUGAACAAACUAAUUGCUGCUGCUAGGAUGUACCUGCACCACACACAUAGAGGAGAACCAGCUGGCAAGGACAAGGUGGUGAAGGGGGAUCUGGAGAGACAGAGGCAGCUGCUCGAUAUGGUUCUGAGAGCACCCGAGGGAUCAGAGGGUGGAGCUCAAGGCGUCCGGUCAGACUGCUUCAAACGCACCAAUCAGUGUGCUGCCAUUCUGCAAGCAAUAGCUGAGGAGCAAGCGAUCAUCAAAGGUGUGACGUCGGUUGUACUGUCAGCCAUCACCAACCACAGCAAGGCCAGCCACUUCCAAGCCAUCUUUGAGGAAGUCUUUCAGGCUGCCCGCUGCACUCCUUAUGCCCUGCAAGGAGGAGAGGAGGUAGAAGAGGCCACCCUGAAGGAAGCCAUGGUGGAGGAGCUCCAGGAGACUGGGCUCCACCCUAAUCCUUGCAUGCUUUCCAGUGCUCUGUCGCUGUACCACUCAAUGAAGCUUUCCCGAGCCGUGGUUCUGAUCGGACCUGCAGGGAGUGGAAAGACAGCCUGCCACCAAGCUCUGGCUGGAGCGCUCAGGAAGCUGGCAUCCAGGGCUGUGGAGGACGGGUUUGUCCAGCCUCCCUGUAGUAUGGAUAAAGGCACAGACAGGGACACCCUCUCUCCAGUCCUCACCUGGAGCUCAGUUGACACAGUGGUGAUUUUCCCCAACACCUUGUCAGAUGAAGAACUCUGGGGCAGCUACCAUGGGCAGCCGAGUUCCUGGUGGGAUGGAGCCCUAACAAAAGUACUGAGAGACUCAGAGCCCCAUGACAUCGCUACCUCUGAGUCCUCCACCUCUGAUUGCUCCACCAACAACUCCUCCAUCCCAGACUCCUCCCAGAGGCAGAAGAGGAAUCGUCAGAUGUCAAAGAUGAAGUGGCUGGUGCUGGACGGGGAGCCCUUGGGUCGACCCAGCUGGCUGGACCGCCUCAGUACCCUCUGUAACCCUGAGGACCCAUCCCUGUGUCUCCCCACUGGGGAAAAAGUGCACCUGUGGGGCAGAGAGCUGAAAAUUUUGAUCGAGGCGGUCGACCUGGAGGACGCAUCCCCAUCAGUAGUCACACGCUGUGGCCUGGUGUACCACUCUGUGAAGGAGCUGUGGAGUGAUGUUUGGAAAGCGGAGCUGGGAACCCUGAGCAGGGAUCCAGCAUUGGACCAGUGGCCCCUGAAUCUGUGGAGCCGGCUGGCAGAGGACCUGUUUCCCAGCACCCUAACUUUCCUCAGGCAGAAUAUGCUCAGCCCCGUCCUUCCCCAGAGAGGGGCAAGAGCCAGCCAAUCAACCGAUGAGGUCUCAUACGGGGUUCAGGAAGUAAUGUCAUUCAUCAGGAUCUUCCAUGCUCUGCUAGAACAGUUUGGGAAGAGCAAGCUGAAAGCCUCACCUAAGCACACUGACAAAACGGAGGGGACCCCCAGUGUCUGUCAGCACCCCCCUUUGGACCCCUUGAUCCCCUCAGCCCUGCAGGAGCAACGUGCUAGGAAUGUAUUUGUGAUGGCUUACAUCUGGGGCUUUGGUGGACACCUGCAUCCCAGGCACUGGCCGCAGUUUGACGGGUUCGCCCGCAAAGCGCUGCACGAGAGCCGUUACAGGGUGGUGCUGCCGGCAGAAGGCUUAGUGUUUGAGCACCUCGUCCAUCUCAGCGAGGGGCCACUGGGGGACACGUGUAGCGGAACCAAUAACAGGCUUCAGAAUGGGGGUCUCCAGGUGUCCUACACCACCAUCCCACAGUACGAGACGCACGCAUACCUGCUGCGCUCGAUGCUGAAGGCUCGCCAGCCGGCACUGGUGGCGGGGGAGUCGGGUUCGGGGAAGACCACGCUGUGCCAGUCGUUGCUGGGCCCGAAACAGCCUCACCUGCGCCUCCCGGCCAGCUCACGUCUGCGGGCUGCCGACCUGCGGGACCUGCUGGGAAGCGUGGGCUGCCAGGCGACAGGAGCGGGUGCCGUGGGAACCGUCGCCAGGCAACCGGGGCUGCUGCUGUUCCUGGAUGACCUACAUCACGCCCCCUGUGAUUUUGGGAAGACCUCCAUGGCUCUCGAGACCCUGCGCCAGUGCAUGUCCAGAGGCAGCCUGCCCACCUCCGACGGCUGCCGCUUUAAGCUCCUCAGCUCUGGGGCGGUCAGCUUCCUGGCCACCUGUGACACACCUGGAGAGGGAGGCUCCGGCUGGGCAGGGCUCUCCCCCCGCCUCCUCCGCCUCUUCUCCGUCCUGGUGCUGCCCAGCCUGUCGGAGGAGCUACUGUUCUCCAUUCACGCCCCCAGGCUGCAGCUGUGGCUGGGACGGCUUCCCUCCCUACCCCAGCACGCCGACAUGGCCGGCUGCAUCAUCGCCGCGACCUUUGACCUGUACCGUGCCGUGCGGGCGAAGUUCCCGCCCCGUCCGGACAGGCCCCACUUCCUGUACUCGGCGCACGACCUGCGGAAGGUCUUCCAGGGCGUGUGUAUGUGGAGACCGUGGAGAGGCAACAGCCGCGGAAUCCGCCGAGAUUCGCACGCCCCCUCCGGCCUGCCUGCCUGCGCUCCCGCCACCCUCAGCUCAGUUACCAGCGUGCUCAACAUCGCCCUCCUCUGGAUGCACGAGUGCCUGCACACCUUCGGGGACCGUCUGUGCGCCGAGGAGGAGAGCCAGGCGCUGCUGACCCUGCUGUCCCAGGUGGCAGAGGGGAACUUUGGAAGCAGGUUGUGCUCCAGGCCCCUGAUGGACAGAGGGGAGGAUGAGUCCCGGACUGCCAGAUCAGCUGCGGCUACAGCGAGAUCCCUUAAGGAGAGCGAGCGCCACUCGACAGCUCCAGUGAGCAGAGAGGGAAUGGAGAGGGGCCAAUCCGGGGCCCAGUCCACCGUGCUCACCUUGGGGGUUGAGAGUGAGGAUCACACAGAGGGUGGUGGGCUUGGGGAGUCCUCUCAUGGGGGGAGCUGUUCAGACUCCAGUGUCUGGGACAGCACUAGCGACGAGGACCCACUGAGUGACGUUCCCUCGGAAGAGCACGACAAGGACGCUCUAACCCAAAGGGAAGAAGAGGUCGAACUUCAUACCCCCGAGCUGACCGAGUCUCUGUCCAGCCCAGACUCUGUAUCUGACACCACCAGGACUCCUUCAGCCUUGUGGCCCUCUCCCCCAAAAGAGGCCAAGCCUGCAGAAAAGCCAGAGAGGAAGAGGAGUGGGAGGCUGGCUGCCCAGCUCCCACAAUGCACCAGUUCUGAGCCAACUGUCCAGGCAGAGGAGCGCACAGCCAGCACCACCACACCCCUCCAUGUCUUGCAAAAUAUGAAGGCCACCCUCUGUGAUGUGGUCUUCAGCCCAGACCUGUCUGAGCCAAUCCGCAGCCUCGGGUGCAACCCCCGCUACCAGAAGCAGGACCUGAGGGUGCUGGUGCAGGAGCUGGCUUCCACGAUGAAGCGCGGAGAGCGGGCGCAAGAAGCCGACAGUUUUACCCGCGGGUACGGGGUGCACAGGCAGGGGGUGCGUCAGCUGGCACACGUUCUCCGCGCUCUGCUCAUACCCGGCGGGCACGGGGCCCUGUUUGGGGCGGGGAAGGGCACAGGCCGGAAGACCACGUUGCGCCUGGCAGCCAACCUGAUGGGGUACCGGCUGCUGGAGGUGCAUUCUGGGAAUGAGCAGACCGUGUGGGAGGUCCUGAAGGAAGAGGCCGCCCAGGCAGGGGUGCAGGGAGGGAAUUUGGUGGUGCUGGUGCAUGAGAGCACCAGCCAGGCGGUCAGAGAGGAGCUGGUGGUUGCCAUGGCCAACAGGACGUACCCAGGGCUCUACUCCGCCAAGGAGUGGAAAACCGUGAUACAGAGGAUCAACGCCCUGGUGAAGAACUCUAGCAAACACGUUAAGAAUGAUCGUGGGCCAGAGAGGUACUUCCAGCAGAUCCAGAGGAACGUGCACGUGUUCCUGCUGCUGCCCCUGACUCCAGGCUGCGGCACGCAGACGGGAGAGAGCCCGGGGGCAGCCGGGAGUAUGGCCAGGGUCCUGAGUCUCUGCUGCUGUGUGGAGGUGUACCAGCCCUGGGAUACAGAGUCCCUGGUUGACGUGGCCACUUACUACCUGAAAGACUAUCUCCAUCAGUCUGACCUGGAUAUAAGAGUGGACCGGGCUGACCUUGAGGUCAGUAUUUCCCAAGCCAUGGCCGGGAUUCACCGGUCGUCAUGGAGAUACGCCUCCGUCCUCCUUCCAGACCUGCACCCCUUCGGUCCCCAGUCCUAUGCAGAUUUUGUGACGCACUUCCUCUACCUGUGCGCACACCUGUGUGAUCAGAGCAGGUGUCAGGCCAACAGGGACAUGACUGUCUUGGGCCGGAUGAAGGAGCUGACUGAUAAGGCUGACCAAUACAGCCAGGAAGUGUUGAGCCUGAGGACCAAGUUGACUGAAAUGCAGCAGCAUCUGCUUCGGCUGCAGCAGGAGGUGGACGUUCGGCGUACGUUGUGCGACCGAGCUCGGCAGCACUGCCUUCAGGAGGAGAACCGGCUCGCUCAGCUGGAGGAGGAGGUGCAGCAGGCACAGAAGGAAUCCCGCCCUCUCUACCAGGCAGCCCUGGAAGCGGUGCAGUCGCUCAGCCAAUCGGACCUAGACGAGGUGCGGCGCUACAGACGCCCCCCUGAGGGCAUUAUGGUUGUCAUGGACACCAUCUGCAUGCUGUUCAACCGCCCAUGCAACUGGGAAAGCGCCAAACAGCUGCUGGGGCUGCCCAACUUCUUGCAGGAGCUGGGCUUCUAUGACCGCUCGCUGGUGCGGGGCGCUCUGUUCGACGCGCUGACCACGGCGGUACGGCGGCCGGAGCUGCAGCCGGAGGCGGUGCGGGAGGCGAGCCGGGCCUGCGAGUCGCUGUGCCGCUGGGUGCAGGCGGUGCACCGCUACGCCAGCGUGUGGCACCGCCUGGCCCCGCGGGAGGCCUGGCGGUGCCAGCUGGAGGAGCGGGCGGCCGAGAGCCGCGCCCGCCUGCGGGAGGCUCGGCUGCAGGAGGAGGAGGCGCGCGAUUGGCUGGAGGGUACGGUUACGGAGCUGCGGAGGGUCCGGCGCAGCGUGGAGGAGCUGGAGGGGCAGCUGCGGCAGGCCGAGGCAAGGGAGAGAGGCGCCGCCGCUGCUGUCCACCAGGUGGCGCAGCACGUCGCUGACUGGAACACCGCAGCGCAGGAGACAGUGACCAGCACUCGGGCAAUCCCAGGGGACACUCUCAUUCUGGCCGCCGCCCUCACUUACCUGGGCCCGUUUGGGCCCGACGUGCGAUCCGAGCUGCUGGCCAAGUGGCGUAAGCUGUGUCUGACGGGACAGAUCGACAUGGACCCCACGGACCCCAGAGCAGAGUUCCUCUCUGCCCCUCCCUCCGUCCCUCCCCCGACCUCUCCCUUCCUCCCCAUCCCCAUGAGUGAGGAGCUGGGGAUUCCCCUGGCCCGGGUGGUGGGCAGGGUUCAGGACACGCCCCAGGGCGUGGCUCCCCAGCUGUUGCUGAAGCUGCUUCUGUGGGGAUUGAGACAGGGGGUGGAAAGAGGCCUCAAAGUCCUGGUGACACAUGUGGAGCGAGUGAGGCUGAGCCCAGAGUUUCUGGAGCUGCUGACACGCCAGGCAGGGACCAGCAUACAGGGUUUGGCAGAACGCAGACCGGCUGGUCACCCUGACUUUCGCCUGUUCCUCAGUACCCCUCUGCCUGUCAGGAAACUGCUCGAAGAGAUCCACCCUUUGAUCCUGGCGGAGGUGCAGGUGAUCGACCUCUCUUGGAGUGCAGCAGAGAUGCAGGAGCUAAUGCUGGCAGAGAUGGUGCAGGCUAAGUGCCCAAAACUGUGGGGGCAGCGCUGCCUUCUGAAGACAAACAGACAGAAGCUUCUGGACAGACUGCAGCAGGAGGAAGUCUCCCUGAUGGAGUACGUUCUCCAGUCCUGCACCCCUGUCCUGGAGGACCCCCAUUUCCUCCCGCGCGUGUCUGCUUGUCAGGAGGCCGUCUCCAGCCUGCAGGCAGAGCUGCUGGAGCUGGACCAGGAGCUGGACCGCCACAGUCCUCUGCUGGCUGGCUUCCACAAGGUGGCAGAGCUGGCCUCGGCCUUCUACCAGGCCCUGCAGGACGUCGCCCGUCUCUGUCCUCUCUACCUCUUCCCCCUUCACCGGUACCUGCAGGUGGUCCGGGAGGCCCUCGCGCUGCAGGGGCUCCCGGAUGUUGGGUGCAGCGGGGAGGAGGUGGCUGGCACAGUCAUGGAGGAGGCCCUCGUGUCCCACCUGAUGGCUCGCUACCAGCCCUGCCUGUUCCAGAGCCACGCCCCCGUGCUGCAGCUGCUGGUGUCGGUGGCCCUGUGUCAGCGCGAUGAGGUGUGCGGGGAGGCCGAGAGGGUCGCCUUCCUCCGGGGGCUCGGGGACGAGGGCUUCCCCAGGGCCCCACGCUCUGACCCCCACGCCCCCCUCCCGGAGCUGCCCAGCUGGGUUCCCGUGCACGCCCGGAGUGAGGUCCUCCGCCUGCAGAGCCUCCCGCCCUUCGGGGGCCUGGUAGCGUCGCUGGGGUCCUGCCCGGAGCAGUGGCGGGAGUACCUGCGAUUUCCCUCCUCCACGGUGGUGGGCCCCGUGCCCUGCCCAUCCCACUCCCACCUCUCCAUGCUGCAGCGCGCCCUGCUCUGGAGGACACUGCUCCCCCAUUGGCUGGCUGCCGUGGCCGACGACCUGGCCGCCUGUCAGCUGGGGUGUCUGAGAUGGACGCCGGUGGCCGCCGGAUCCGGUAACCCAGAGGAACUCACCGGAAUCCUUGCCAAAACUGAGGGACCUGUUAUUCUUCUCCUCCCGGGUCCAAAGCAACCAGGACCGCUGUCGGUCCACCCACUGCACUGGCUGAAACAGGCUGCCCAAAGCACAAAGGACACGGCAGCGGUGAAGGUGAAAGUCAUUUCCUUUGGGGCCGAGUGUCAGAAGGAGGAGGUGCUUGCAGCGUUGGACCUGGCUGUCCAGGAAGGCCAUUGGCUAGUCUUUAAUAACUGUCAUCUUUUGGACCAAUGGGAUGAGGAGGUGUUGUGUCAGGUGACUCAGUUAAUGUCCUGCACAGCUAGAGGUCAGCUGACAGAUGCGGAGACAGAGGAAGGCCUUAUCGCCGCUGGGGUGUGUGAGGGGAGACAGGUGCACCCCUGCUUCAGGCUGUGGUUUGUCACCCGAGCCCCCUCACCGCUGUCCGUCCCAGCGGCGGUGAGAGCGUCUGCCCUCCGUCUGGUAUGCGAUUCCCCCUGGGACCUUAGGGAGGCGCUGUGCGGCUCUCUGCGCCAGGUUCUGUCGCAUGCUGUUCCUGGCGGGGGCCCCUGCACCCCCGAAACCACAGGGCUCCUGUGCUGUGCCGUCCUGCACUCUGUCCUACUGCAGAGAGGAGCAUAUAGGCACCUAGGACAGGGGAACCUCUACAGCUGGACCCAGGAAGAUCUGCAGGCUCUGGUGGAGGCCCAUGUGCGGAUAGGCAGUCUGUGUGAUGACCCAGCUGGAGCACUGGAGUACAUAGCAGCCUCCUUGGUGUACGGUGGUCAUGUGGAGGACUCCGCAGACUUGGAGACAGUGAGGGGCGUGGCCACAGCCUGCCUCAGACCACCGCCUCCUACGUGGGGGCGUGGACCACACACCCUCUCUGCUCUCAUCAUCCAUGGGCACUUUGGCUCAGGGGACCUGCUGCCGAAACUGGAGUACCGCGUUUGGACCCUGUCCCACAGCGGUGACCCCUUGCUGCUGGGCCUCGGCGCUGGGAUGGAGGGGGAGCUGGUGAGAAUGCGCAGCCGAAACCUGGACCUCCUGCUGCGGCAGUCCCAGAGUCCCGCGGCGGGGGUGGGGGUGGGGGAGAGCGUGGAGGGACAGGGUGACCUCGCACGGAUCCAUGACAGGCUGCAGGCUCUGUGGGACAGCCUGGGACAGAAGGAAGGCCGCAGCCUCGUGGGGGAGGGCACCAUGUCCCAAACCCCUCUGUGCCACUUCCUCCAGCAGGAGUGGGACGGCCUGGUCCAGACACUGUCCUUCCUUCUUGAGAAUCUCACUCGACCAAUCAGAAGCAGCAGGCCCACCCUCUCCACCUCCCCUCUCCCCACUCUCUCAGCCCUCUCCCGGCUGGAGAGGCGGGCGGAGCUGCUGCAGGCAUACCUGCGGAGAGACGGCCCUGACGCUCCACCCUAUGCCUACCAGCUCUCCGCCUUCCACAACCCCCGCGGCUUCCUGUCCGCCCUGCUGAGGGAGACUGCCCUGACCGAACAGGGGGACGUCAGUGACGCCCGCCUCCACUUCCAGGUACAGCCGCUGUCGCAGUCCCCUUCCGCUAUUUCAUCAGCUUUCAGCCGCAGGUGUUUACACACGAGCCGAAUGAUCACCUGCGACUCACAAGGUCUUGUUAAAAGCGUGCCCUCCUCUUCCCAGGUGCUGAGCGUUGCGGCCUUGCCCGAUUCCCUGCCUCCACACGGGGCGUACCUGUGUGGCCUGGAGCUGCAGGGGGCGCUGUGGGACACGAGACUGGGUGCCCUGCAGGACACCCUGUCUCCCCGGCCCUGCCCCUUCCCCCUCAUCUGGGUCACAGCACAGGUAAAAGCCCCAGAGGGUCCUGCAUGUUCCUCCACCUCUCUGCCCCUCUACUACUGCCCCCUCUACCUGGAGGCGGAGUCUGGGGAGGGUGACUGGGGUUUGGGAGAGGGUCACAUUGUCACCCGUGUGCCCCUGACAGCCAAACUGGAUCCUGUGCUGUGUUCACUGAGGAGAGUGAGGCUGGUCAGUUCUCUGCAAGAUCGACCACAAUGCUCAGUGCUCCAGUAAUGGGAUACAUUUUCCUGUACUAAUGCACUACUGAGGAAAA